AUGGCCGGUGGGUAUUUUUGCAUCAUUGCCAAGAAGUUAACCAUUUUGCUGGUUGUCAUCGCCAUGGUCUUCUCUUCACUUGGAAUGGCCGACUUGCAAUGUCGAGCAAAAUGUGAAGACCAGCCUGAUUGCAAUGCGUUUUGCCAGAGAAUUGGUUUCAAGGGAGGGGACUGCCAGCCGCCACUUUAUCAGUUUUGUUGUUGUGAAACAUAA